UUCCCGUAAAUAUUGUGUUGAGAGUUUAUCACAAGUGGCUUUUAAAGACUCAAUGUCAACAUUUAAUACAGAAAGCAUCUCCUUUAAAUUACUAAAAAUUAUGUUCAAAACAUUUUGAGCACAUCUGUUCCUUGUAAAUGUAAUGCCAAAGCUCUUAAAUAAUCUUCAUUAAUUUUUAUGUUACCAAUUUGAUUCACAACAUCAUUUUCAACAGUACAGAUAUUGAUCUGGUUAAUGGAAAAUUUUUGGAAUCCUUCAAGACUUUUAAAUUUGGACAAACAAUUUUCACACAAAACGACUGCUUGGUUGCCAUGCAGUUUUAAGUGAUAAAGCAUAAAACUAUAAGUUGAAGUUUUAAAAUAACAAACAGAACAGUUAUAGUUAAUUACCUUUUGUGGUGUCUUGGGUGUGUUUGGAGAUGAAGAUGAAGUAAUUGAUGAAGAUAUUUGUCUUGCCGGAGGCUGAACAACAUUAACACAACAUUCUUCAGCCAUAUAUUGUGUAAUUGGUGUAUAUAGUUGACUUACCGAAGGCUGAACAACAUUUACAUGACAUUCUUCAGCCAUACAUUGGUUUUCAAAGUUCCAAUUAAUUUUAUUCGAUGAUACUACAAAAUCUACGUAAUCAUUUACAAUAGAUGAAAAUUGGCAUAACGGUGAUGAUUGAGCUGUAUCAGCCUUAUUUAACUCAGCAGCAGGAAUAGAAAAGACUUGCCAAGACCAUUUCAAUAAUGGUUUUAAUAAAACUGGAAUUUAUCAAAUCAGUCCAAAUGGUUCAGUAUUUGAGACUGUAUGUGAAAUGGAAAAAGUUGAACGACAAAAUCCUAAAGUGACAAACCCAAUAUGCUAUUCAUUGAAACAAAAAUCAGAGCUAUUAUUUAACAAUUCAGUAUCAUAUUGUGUUGUAACAUGUGCAAAUCACCAUGGCAUUGAUAUAAUGUUUUUUUCUGUUGAUAAUGGAUGUUUCUGUGGUCACAAACUUAGUCUUUCACAAUCUUAUACUCAAUGGGAUUAUUGCGCUAUUGAUUCAUCAUCAAAAAAUUGCAACUUAUCAAAAGGGGAUUCUAAUCAACUCAUAGGCUAUAAUGAUCCAUUUAAUAUUGGUUACAUUUCAUGGCGCUCGUGUGUAAGCUUUUGUGUAGAUUAUCAGAAAAAAAAUCCAACACAGAAUGGGCAUGUUGCAAGUUUUAUAGUUGAUAUUUAUGGAGACUGUCAAUGCUUGUAUGGAUUUAGUGGUCAGAAAAUCUCUUAUAAAAUAGGUUGUUCAUUUUAUGAGACAAUCCCACCAACAGCACUUCCACAAGUUAAAGUCAAUGAACGACAGUUGACAUGGGAUAAUUUGCUUGCAACAUUGACAUCUUUAGAAAAGACGUACUCUGUUUCUUUCAAGUUAUACCUUCAAUUAUAUUCAACGUUAUUCGAAAAUGUUAUUCAUUUAACUAUUGGGGGCAAUAAUGAGCAAUAUGGUGACAGAUGUCCUGCUGUUUGGAUUAAUUUAGGAAAGUUGAUCAUUUGUUCUGCUGUAAAUUUUGAAAAAAACUAUUGUAUAACCACUUAUCAACUUCCACUAUAUGAGUGGUCAACUAUAAAAAUAUCACAAGUCCAACAAAAUGGAGUAUAUGAAUAUAACAUACGUAUAAAUGAAGCUGUUGUUUAUAGCACUGUAAAUACAAAUCCCCAAUCCUUUUCAAAUGUUUAUGUUUAUUCUGCAGAUUCUUGGCAUAGUGAAUUUAAAGAUGGUUUCAUAAAGGAUCUAAGGAUUUUAAAUGAAAAUGGUAUAGAAACUUCAGACCCUGUUGAGCAGAAAUUGAUUUAUGGUAACUUGAAUGCAACACUAUCCCUUAUAGAAAAAACCUAUUCAGUUUCUUUUAAAUUAAAGCCCAGAUCAUAUUCACAAGGGUGGAAAAGCGUUAUUCAUUUAACAAUUGGAGACAAUUGGGGUCAAUACGGUUGUAGAUGCCCCGCUGUAUGGUUUCAUGGUGAUGGCUCAGGAAGGUUAUAUAUUUCUGCAGCUGUCAAUGGAAAUCACAAUUAUAUUUUUACAACCCAGCCUCUGCCGUUAAAACAGUGGUCAAGUUUACAAAUAUCACAGUUUCAAAUGAAUGGAAUUUAUAUGUAUACAGUGUAUUUAAAUGAGUCCCUUGUUCAUAGCGUUGUAAAUAAAAACCCACAAUCUUUUUCAAAUGUUAAAGUUUAUACUGCCGAUCCAUGGCAUGACGUGCAAGAUGGCUCUAUUAAAGAUCUUAAAAUUACAAGUGGAAAAAGUGGAAUCUGGAUUCCAAUGAUGGCUCGUUUUUUCAAUUGGGAUUCAGGUUUUUGGAAUAGGAGUUACGAUGCUUAUGAAAAUGGUUUUGGUCUAAUUAAUCAGCAAUGGAUUGGUUUAAAAAAACUUUACCAAAUAACAAGUACAUUUUUCACAGAUAUGAGAGUUGACUAUUUUUUCGAAGACAGUAUUACAUUUAGUACCAUGUAUUAUAAUGUUAAUAUUGGUUCGAGCGAAGAUAGUUAUGUGUUAAGCUACGGAAAUUAUGACCCGAGAGACUCGCUUGAACCAGAUCGACUCAACGCCAAUGGCACAACAUUCAAAAAUUGCAGUAAAUGGUGGACUACUAGUUGCAACGAAUAUGUGUCUCCAACUUUAUCUUAUUACAUUUCAUAUGGAUCAACAGAAAAUUUGCUUUCCAUACAAUUCUUUUUACGCACAAACGAAACCAAGUGAGUGGGGUUCAGGCAGACAGAAUCAAAAUUUGAAUAGAAAAAACAAAAAUUCUCCAAAAGUUGGCGAGCCUGUUCCUACGCCAGUGUAUAUGUGUGUAUAUAUAUUUAUA